CCAGUGGGAGAGUUGUGGUUGUUGCUUCAGAGGCGGCUUUGCUAAUUUUGGACGAAUGGCCUGCUGACCCUGAUGUUUUUGAGCUGGGACUUGGUAGCGUGGCAGGGCUCGGGAUGCCACCGUGCUCUGCGAGGACCCAUGCCCUGCGCUGACUCACCUCGCCGCAGAGGACACCUCGAGGGACGCUGGGAGGUGGGCGCUCCCCAUCCUGGCUCUGGAUGUGCGCCGCAUCGCUUUGGGGGCAAAGGUACGGCUGGAUGACGGCUGAGGAUGUGCUAUGGAGCUGGGAUUCAACUGCUCUGAGCUCUGUGAUGGCAGCUCCAGUUUUGGCAGCCAGGAGCAGCAGCAGCGGGCGCUGCAGGAGCUCUGCACUGUCACAGUGACAUCUUCUGACCGCAGUGGGAAGAGCUCCCCGUCCUCUGCUGCUCUCCUGGGAGUUGUGUGGACAUUCCUGACCGGAGGAGUCUUGCUAGCGCUCUUCUUUCUUGUCUUCACAAUUCGCUUCAGGAAAAACAGGAUCGUGAAGAUGUCCAGCCCCAAUCUGAACAUUGUGACCCUGCUGGGCAGUGGCUUGACUUACGCUAGUGCUUACCUCUUUGGGAUUCAGGAGCAGAGCCUACUGUCCGGAGACUCGGUGGAAAAGCUUAUUCAGGUCCGUCUCUGCCUGCUGUGCGUGGGGACCUCCCUGGUGUUUGGCCCCAUCCUGGGGAAAAGCUGGCGGCUCUACAAGGUGUUCACCCAGCGGGUGCCGGACAAGCGGGUGAUUAUCAAAGACCUCCAGUUGCUGGCAAUGGUGGCAGCAUUGGUGCUGGCGGACGCCGUGUUACUCUUGACAUGGGUAUUCUCUGAUCCGGUCCAGUGUUUUCGAAGCCUCAGCGUCUCACUGCGGGUGACAGAGAAAGGCAUGGCCUGCUCAGUGAGCCAGGUGCAGUCCUGUGCAUCUCUUUAUUCUGAUCUUUGGCUCGUUCUCAUUUUAGGGUUUAAGAGUAUCCUCCUGCUGUAUGGGACCUACUUGGCCGGUCUGACCGACAACAUCAGCUCCCCGCCAGUCAACCAGUCCUUGACACUCAUCGUCGGGGUCAACCUCGUUUUCCUGGCUGCCGGCACUGUCUGCUUAGUUCACCGUUUCUUCCGCGCUUGGCACAACUUGCUGUUUGGUUUUACCUCUGGAGGCAUCUUCAUGUGUACAACCAUAAUCAACUGCUUCAUCUUUGUCCCACAGCUCAAGCAGUGGAAAGCCUUUGAAGAAGAAAGCCAAACCGUGAGCCACAUGGCAAAAUAUUUCACCAGUCCGAGCAGGAGCUGCCGCUCAGUGUACAGCGAGGAGCAGCUCUACCAGCUGAUAGGGGAGAAAAACUCCAUGAAGCGGCUGCUCACCGAGAAAAAUGCCGUGAUUGAAAGCCUGCAGGAGCAAGUGAGCAGCGCCAAGGAGAAGCUGAUGAGGCUGAUGUCUGCGGAGAGCGGCUGCAACCCCCAUGCACCGUCAGCGGCUCCCUGCACCCAGAGUGCAGGGCAUCAUGGGGAUGCGCCGGGGGACCGCUGCCCCCUGGAUCUGGAGCGGGAUGGGUGGCAGCCUCCCUGCUUGCUGGGUACGCCGCCUCUUUCCAGUGAUGCUCAGGACCUCCAGAAACAUGUGAGCCACGAGCCUGUUUGCUCUCAGACGCCGCUUUUUGACAUGGGGGACGGCCUCGAAUGUGGCCUGAAAGAAGCACGGGAGCAUGGGACACCUGCGGGGCAGGGGCAGCCUCUGGAGCAGCUGCCGGGCCAGGAUAUCUCAGCUGGCGUGGCCUGGGAGUCGUCCCCUAAAGUCAGCUAUGUGAGCAGCGAGAAGCUGCGGGAAAUCUUGCAAGAGCUGAGCCUGGAUGGCAAAACCUACAGCCCGGCCUUACCUGGGGUGCUCCCACGCGGCAGCCAGGGCCCCCCAGGCGAGCAGGGAGGAACGUGGGGUGCCCAGGAGGGCCACCCGGGCAUCCGCAUGGCCCUCAGCCCCUACCUGGCAAGGCGGCGGCGGAGGAUCCCGCUGCCCCAUGCCUCCACCUGCUUCCAUGGGCAUGUGUCCCCUUGUGCUGGCCAUGGGGUGAAGGAGGUGGGCAGCUGGGGCCGUGGGGAGUUGGCACGUAUCUCCCUGGGGAGGGAAGGAGAGAUGACUGGUGGAGGGCUCCUUCACUUGCCAGCACCGUCCCCUCCAGCCAUCCCUGGGGAGGUCUGCCUCCAGCCAGAGGGAUGGCCAGGAUGGCCGGAGUCCCAGGGUGCUUCCCCGUGCAUCCCACGGGAGCAGCAGCGGUGGCGGGGGGGCGCCCUGGGGGGCCCCGCCGAGCCCUCCCUGCACUCGUUGUACUAUUACCCGGACUCCGACUCCAGCAGCAGCAGCUCCGAGGAGAUGUUUCAUGGCUGCAACCGGCCCUGCUGCGAGGUCUGCUUCCAGAGCCCGCGCGGCUCCCUGGGCAGCAGUAGCACGGACACGGACACAGAGCCCAGCGGGCAUGUGGGCCACUGGACAGAGCACCACAGUGGCCUCCAGCCUGUGGUGAAUUUUAAAGAAGAUCUGAAGCCCACAUUUGUGUGACUGGGAGCACCCCUGCACCAAAGGCAAGUGCCCUCCCGCCCCUGAAACGCUGCGUGUUUUCAGCGAUGCUAAAGCCACGCAUCCCUCCGAGGGAUGCGUCUUGCUCCGGCAUCUGGGGGUCGAGAAUAAGCCUUUCCCUGCUUUGGGUUGCUGUUUCAGCCCCAGCCUGGUCAGCGGUGACUGCAGACCAUGUUUGGCUGAGAGGUGGUUGGCAGCACUCAGGGAGGUGGCAGUGGUUUUGUCCCGGCUGCUCUGGGCAGCUGCCUGCACCCCACAGAUACCUGGCACGUCUGUCCAUCACAGUGACAGCAGUGGAAAGACUGGGGCUGGGUGGCCUGCGCGAGCCCAAACUUCAUCAUCUCAGAGGGCUUUCCCUGUGAGUGCUGGGUGAUUCGCACCGGCGGGGAGCAGCACCGCAUCUGGGAAACGCGUGUGGCUUGUUGCACAGAGCAGA